CAAUUCCGAUUUACUCAUUACAAGUACAACUUUGAGGUCGGUCUGUACGCGUUGUAACAAAGCAAUAUUUUUCAAAGAUAAAUACAUUAGAAAAUGGAGAGUGCGGUGAAACUGGACAACAAGGCCACGCCGUUGCCCCAACGCCAGCAGCGGGGCAACCAGCCAGCCAAUAAAAACCUCGGCAAGCACAAUGCCCCGAAGCAAAAUGAUUCUGCCGACGGAAGUCCGGCGGAGAAAAAGGCUCGAUUCGGUGGACCAAACGCCCAGAACCAGAAUCAGAACCAGAACCAAAACCAAAAUGGUGCAGCGGGCGGUGCUCCCAAUCAAAAUAAGAACUUCGGAAAUAAGGGCGGCUUCGCUGCCAACCGCAAUCGCAACAAUCAGAACCAAAACCAAAAUCGUGGCGCAAAUCAGAACCGGACCUUCCCAGCCGCUAAUGCGAAUCAAAAGCCCAAUAACGAAGCACCAAAGGCGGCCGUUGCCAAUGCACCUGCCAAGGCGAAUGAACCGGCAAAUGCAGCUGCGAACCAAAAUCAGCCGAACCAGAAUGCCAACAAGGGCCAAAAUCUGCGACAAGGGCCAAACCAAGGCCAAAAUCAAGGCCAAAACCAAGGCCAAGGUCAGGGCAACCAAGGGGGUCAAGGAGGAAAUCAGGGAGGUAAUCAAGGAGGACCAGGAAAUCAACGUGGACAAGGGAACCAGGGAAAUCAAGGCGGUCCAGGACCUCAUGGAGGACAGGGGAUGCAAGGAAAUCAAGGAGGUCAGGGAAAUCAAGGCGGACAGGGAAAUGGCCAAGGCUUCAGAGGUCGCGUCGCUGGCAACAACCAAGGCGGAGGUGGUGGCGGCGGAGGACCCCAGAACCAGCAACGGGACAACAGGAACCGUGGUCCACGCCCUGGUGGUCCUGGCGGCAUGAAUAACUCCAACAUGGGCGGCGGAGGCGGCGGUCCCCGUGGCGGAGAGGACUUCUUCAUUACCCAGCGAUUGCGCAGCAUAUCCGGACCCACCUUUGAACUGGAGCCCGUUGAAGUGCCCACCGAGACCAAGUUCUCUGGCCGCAAUCGCCUGUAUGUGGGCAAUCUAACUGGCGACAUCACCGACGACGAGCUGCGCGAGAUGUUCAGGCCGUACGGCGAGAUCAGCGAGAUCUUCUCGAACCUGGACAAGAACUUCACAUUCCUAAAGGUCGACUACCAUCCCAAUGCCGAGAAGGCCAAGCGCGCUUUGGACGGCUCGAUGCGAAAGGGACGCCAGUUGCGGGUUCGCUUUGCCCCCAAUGCCACCAUCUUGCGGGUGAGCAAUCUCACGCCGUUCGUGUCGAACGAGCUGCUGUACAAGUCCUUCGAGAUCUUUGGCCCCAUCGAGCGGGCCAGCAUCACCGUCGACGACCGUGGCAAGCACAUGGGCGAGGGCAUCGUGGAGUUCGCCAAGAAGUCGUCGGCCAGCGCCUGCCUGCGGCUGUGCAACGAGAAGUGCUUCUUUCUGACCGCAUCCCUGCGUCCGUGCCUGGUGGAUCCCAUGGAGGUGAACGACGACAACGAUGGUCUGCCGGAGAAGGCGUUCAACAAGAAGAUGCCCGAUUUCAACCAUGAGCGCAGCAUUGGUCCGCGAUUCGCCGAUCCCAACUCGUUUGAGCACGAGUACGGCUCGCGCUGGAAGCAGCUGCAUAAUCUGUUCAAGACCAAGCAGGACGCUCUCAAGCGGGAGCUGAAAAUGGAGGAGGACAAGCUGGAGGCUCAGAUGGAGUACGCUCGCUAUGAGCAGGAAACUGAACUGUUGCGCCAGGAGUUGAGGAAGCGCGAAGUGGACAACGAGCGCAAGAAGAUGGAGUGGGAGCUGCGCGAGAAGCAGGUCGAGGAGAUGCGCAAGCGCGAGGAGGAGACAAUGCGGCGGCAUCAGAGCGAGAUGCAGAGCCACAUGAAUCGCCAGGAGGAGGACCUCCUGCGCAGGCAGCAGGAGAACACACUGUUCCUGCAGGCGCAGCAGCUCAACUCGUUGCUCGAUCAGCAGGAGGGAUUUGGCGGCGGUGGUGGCAACGGCGGCGGCAACAACUCCAGUUUUGACAACUUUGGAGGCAACAGCAAUUCACCAUUUGAGGUUUUCAGAGGCAAUAACAACAACAAUUCCACAAUGAUUGGAAACAAUUCGGGUCCGAAUACACAGGACUCCUUCGCUUUUGAAUUUGGGGUUAACAAUAUGAACCAAGGCGGCAAUCAACGCGGAAAUAAUGGCGGAGGAAAUAAUGUCCCAUGGGGACGCCGACGUUUUUAGACACUGGAGCAUACAUAUGAGGAUGAAAAAUAACGUACUCUCUCAAUUAUUGAUUACGUUUCACCUUUCUGACCUAGCUUGUUCGCGAGUGAACAAAAUAAACUAGCAUAAAUGGAUCGUCUAAUCGAAUGCACCCCCAUAUGAUUUGAUUAACCACUUAGUCAAAUACUAUCAAUCGGUCCUAAUAAGAGGCAACUAUAAAACUAUGACACGCAAAGGAUGAACCUUACAAAAUACGCAAUCCAAAUCCCAAAAUGAUUGUUUUUAAGUGCAGUAUUGCACCAAAAAAAAAAUAAGUAGAAGCCAUUACGUGCAUCUAUUUAAUCAUAAUGAUAAUUUUAAAUUAUGUAUGUGGUGACUACAUUCUCCAAAUAUGAUUCUUUUUUUAUCCAUAAUUCAAAUUAAAUAUAUACAGAUAUAUUACUAAUCGA